UCUUUCUGUCCCUCCGCUCUGCGUUGGAGCUGCAGAGCGGAGACCGGCGCGGACGUGGACUGGUUUGCUUUUGGAGGGAGGGCGGUCGGUCGGUGGUCGGUCGGGUGGGGGGGGGCGCGACCAUCAUGCUGGACUUUGUCAUUUUCGCCGUCACCUUCCUGUUGAUCCUGGUGGGAGCCGUGCUUUACCUCUGCCCGCCUUCCCGACAAGCUUCAGGAAUCCCAGGGAUCACUCCAACGGAUGAAAAAGAUGGGAAUCUUCCCGACAUCAUAACUAGUGGCAGCUUGCAUGAGUUUCUGGUCAACCUCCAUGAGAAAUAUGGCCCAAUUGUCUCUUUCUGGUUUGGACAACGUCUUGUGAUCAGUCUGGGGUCCAUUGACCUCCUGAAGCAGCACAUUAACCCUAACAGAACAACGGACCCCUUUGAAACGAUGUUAAAGUCCUUGUUGCAGUAUCAGUCUGGCCUGGGUGGAGACAUGGCUGAGAGCUGCUUGAGGAAAAAACUGUAUGAAAAUGGUGUCACCAAGCUGCUGCCGAGCAAUUUUCCUGUCAUCCAGAAGCUGUCAGAAGAAUUGCUAACAAAAUGGCUAACCUUCCCUGAGUCUCAGCAUGUGCCCCUCAGUCAACAUAUGUUAGGUUUUGCAAUGAAGGCUGUUGCACAGACUGCUAUGGGCAGCAGGUUUGAAGAUGAUCAGGAAGUCAUCCGAUUUCGUAGGAACCAUGAUGUGAUCUGGGCAGAAAUUGGAAAGGGUUUCUUAGAUGGUUCACUUGAUAAAAGCAUGACCAGAAAAAAGCAGUAUGAAGAUGCCCUGAUGAAAAUGGAGCUCGUCUUGAAGAAAGUUAUAAAAGAACGACAAGGAAAGAGCUUCAGCCGACACAUCUUCAUAGAUUCUUUACUACAGGGGAAUCUGAGUGACAAGCAGAUUUUGGAGGACACCAUGAUCUUCUCUCUGGCAGGAUCCAUAAUCACUGCAAAAUUGUGUACCUGGGCAGUCUAUUUGUUAACUACCUCAAAAGAAGUCCAGCAAAAGCUUUACAAGGAGUUGGAUCAGGUUCUUGGGAAGAGCCCUGUUACACAUGUGAAAAUUGAACAACUUAGGUAUUGCCGGCAGGUUUUGAAUGAGACAGUGAGGACAGCAAAACUAACACCAAUUGCUGCCCGGCUUCAGGAGCUGGAAGGCAGAGUUGAUCAGCAUCUGAUUCCCAAGGAGACUCUUGUUUUAUAUGCUCUUGGUGUGGUCUUGCAGGACAGCUCAGUCUGGCCGUUGCCCUACAAAUUUGAUCCGGAUAGAUUCAGUGAUGAAGCUGCUGUAAAAAACUUCUCUCUCCUGGGUUUUUCAGGAAGUCAGGAAUGCCCUGAACUGAGGUUUGCCUAUACUGUUGCCACGGUUCUUCUGAGCGUGAUUGUGAGGAAACUCCACCUGCAGCCUGUGGAAGGCCAAGUCAUUGACACGAAGUAUGAACUGGUUACAUCACCCAAGGAAGAAGCAUGGAUAACCAUAUCCAGGAGGAACAAAGGAGAGGAGUGAAAUUGUUGGGGAGAAGAACCAUUUUGCACUACUGACCCAUCUUCCAGUGCUUCCUUUGAGUCGUCGUAAGGCAUUCUUAGCCUAAAAUAUUUUCCUUCCUUCAUAAAAAAUUCCUUGGAUCCUAUAAACAAAUCUGUAGGAUUAAUGGGAAAACUGGACCUUGUGAGGCAAUGAUUAAUUUGCCCCUCAUUUUCCAUUAACCAGAGCAGCAAGAAGUCACAUAUUCUGACCUAGGGGUCCUCAGCCAUAAAAACCAAGUGUAAGCAGUCACAUUGUGGAAAUGCGCUGUGCAUUUGGAUAUAGGAGCUUUUUUAAAACCUAUUUUUAAAUGAAGUAUCACUCAAGUUUUGAGUUAUAGCAGAGAAAAAACUAAAGGUGAACCAUUGCUCUAAAUUAAGAUCCAAUAUGAGGAAUGGAUUCAUGCAGUUCAAUAAAAGUGGCGGAAGCACACUUCAAUUAAGAAACAUUCCUGUGUCAGUUGAUUAUUUCUCUUUCUUUCUAUCAGGCUUGGGUAAAAAUGUUAGUCAUAACUGCAACCCACUACCAAUAAUGGGAGCAGUUUAUUGGCAGUGCAACUUAACAAAUAUUCCAUUGGUUUUUUUUUUAAAUAGUUUUUAUUAAAUACAAAGAAAAAAAAGGAUUAAAAACACUGAACAUGGUAAAUCGUCUUUGUUUUUAAUGGGAGGAAGUCACAGUUAAUUUUGAGGCCAAGGUGACAUUUGGGGUGGGGAGCUGGAACAAAAUUAGCACUGCUCAUUCUAGACUCAAUGCAUCUUUCUUUUUUUUUUAAAAAAAAAAAAUCUGGGCUUGUCUUGAUAGAUGGGAAAGAUGGCAUGCUAUUUUUUUGUUCUUUCUUUCCUUUGCUACAUAAGUGUUGAAACAAUUGCACUGCCAGUGCAUUAUGUUUUUUUUUAGCAACAGCUUUGAUCAAAACGAUCUAAAGUAGUCUUUAUGUGUAAUUAUGAGAAUUAACAUAUUAUUUGUCAGUUUUUCCAAGGGGAGUUUCACAUUCAUCUAUACCUUUUUUAUAGAGCAGUGCUGUCACUCUGCCUUUCCUACUGCUGAAUUUAAUAGCAAUCUUACCUACUGUUUAAAUAGUAAACUAUAAUAUAGAAAAACCAAAAUCAGUAAAUUGACUGUACAGGGCAAUAGUUUGGAAUAGCAACCUGGGGGUUUUGCUUUCUCUUAGAAUGUACGAUUCAACUUAUGUUUGGUGGGGAGUCAUAUUUGUUAUUUUAUAAAACCAUGCUUUAAAUUUGUAGGGGGAGGGGAGCUUAUUUGACACUUAUCUUUCUCUGGACAGACUGCAUGUAUGAAAAGUGAAGAUGUGUGUAGGUGAGUGCUUGGAUAGAUCUUCCUUUUUUGUAUGGGUGUAAAAUGAGAGAAGUUAAUCUUCAAGUAUUUUCCAGCAUAGCCAUUCUCUAAUAUUCUGAAGUCCACAUUUAAUUAGAUUACUUUGCAGAAUGAUAAAAGUAAUAUACAUCAGAACUGUAUAGUUCAAUAGCCAUAUAUUUUAACUUUUUCUGGAAGGAAUUCAUGGGGUGAGGGUGCAAGUAGACAAUGGACUGGUCUUGAAAGUUUUUUUAAGGUUCUUGCCAAGGAGAUCUUGUUGUACAACAGUAUAGCCCAAGUAAAUACACCAACAUUAUCUUAGACAUCCUGUUUAGUAAAAUCCUGUUCUUAUUUGCCAUCAUUCAAAGCUCAUGAAGUAGAAAUGUGGGACUAUCUGAAAGUUGUGGAUGAAAUAGAUUUACUUUCUGUUUUACCCAUCAGUAUCAAAUGUGGAUUCUUUUUCUUGCAUUCAAUUAAUCCAAAUUCUGAUUUAUUGUCUUGCUGUUCUAACUUGAUCCUAGAUUUCUUUGUUAUUCUGAUUGUUUCUUUAAAAAAAGUUUAUUUUAAAUAUAGUUUGACAUAAUUUUGCUUAUUCAAGUUAGCAUGCUCAGAGGAUAACUUAAUGGGCUUUUUCUAUAAAUAGUAGUACUAUUAUUACAUUGUUGAGGAAUUGUAUUUUACUAAAUAUUAACUAUAGUUACUUAUGCUGUUGUAUAUUAUGAAAAAGAAGGCUUCCUCAACGAAUGAUUUCCAAUUUUAGUUGUCCAGAUAUUAGCCACAACUUGCCUGGGCCUCUGGAUCAUCUGGAGAUCCAAAAUUGAGAAUUCUACCUUAAACUGUCCUCAAAACGUCUUGCUGCAGUGAAUGUGGUGCUCUAAAAAGAAUGAUGUUAAAACAAGGCUCACUGAGAAACCAAUUAUUUGGAUGUUCAUGUAGGUAUGAAAUUAGAAGCAGGCAUGGGAUGAAAGUAGGGAAAUAAAAGCUCUUGCUUGCUAAAAAAUGCCAGUGAGGAUUGGACACUAAACUAUAUAAUGCUCUCUAAUUAGCACAGUUGGUUUUAAAGCGGCUUGGGUAAAAAUGUUAUAUAAUUACCAAAAAUAAAUUUUGUCUUAACUUCUGA